CCCAGUGAGUGAGCAGACUGAGUGCAAUGUGACUUGACCAUCACAUCCAGACUGAGACCUGAACCAACAUCAAACCACUUGUUUUGGCUUCUCCUGAAUUCUGCACAUCACAGAAAGCCAGUCUGCACAUCUCAUCACAAUGCCUCAUCGCCACUGCUAUGUCGAGAUUAACAACAACUCUGGCUGCUACAUGCUCGCCAAUCCAAGGGUGUUCACAGAGAGUGGAUACUGUGAGGUGCCACUGCCACCCAUGGUAGGUCCCUGCUCCGCUGCCAACGCAAUGUUCAACAAGACCGCUGGCGCUGCAACCGGAGCCGUCGGAGUCUUCACCUACGACCUCUUCAACGCCGCCCUGAAUGACUACAGCCACGUCAUGGCUGUCAUGUACUCCGUACCUUAUGACCGAAACCUCUACUCCAACUGGUUUGCUGUGGGGAUCUUUGAAAGGGGAAAUAACUGUGAUUACAACCUUUAUGAUAUUAUGUAUAAUGGAAGUGAAAUUAAUUUUACAAGAGCAAAGGCAGAUGGCUCCUGCAUUUCUUAUGAGGGCGAUUAUGUUAUCAUCAGUGCCUCCAUGUCAGAUGCAGGUGAAGCAGUCCUGAGGGUGGACAUCACUGAUACCGGCAUGUAUUAAGAAAGAAGAAGAAAGAUUCUAUUGUUGUUAUGUAAGCCAUGUGUGACGAUCUGAGUCAUUUUAAUAAAACAUUUCAAUAUAUGUGAAAAGUUGUUCACUGGAUGAAGCGGUGCACGUUAAUCAAUAUAAUUAAUAUAUGGGUGCAUGUAACUGUACGCCAAAUAUUGGUUAUUUCAAAUGUGCUUUUCAUAACUUACACCUAAAUACAAAUAAAAAAAAAA